GUGAGACAAAAAAAAAAGUGCACUUUCUCUUCUUCUUCUACUUCGUCUUCAUUUUAACUUUGUCUGCUUUCCUAGUUUUCAUCUGUGCCUUCUAAGAUUACUCUUUGUGCGGUCUGGGAUGGCGUCGCUAAUGGAUGUGCUUAGCGAGCCGUUGGGCAUGAAGAGCCGGGGAAUGGCUGCAGACAGGACUCGCUUGUAUUUUUCGAGUCGUCAAUUCGCUGAAGGCGUACGCGUGCGCGGGGCUGUUCUUCCUGAAUUCGAAUCGGUGUUGACGGCGGAGGCUUUGUCGUUUGUUGCCGAUCUGGUGCGCUCGUUUCGGCCGCGAAUUGAAUAUGUGCUCCAGUGCCGGGCUGACGACCAGGCGCGCUACGACGCCGGAGAUGUGCCCGGAUUCGAUUCCGCUACCAGGGAAAUCCGUGAAGGGAAUUGGAAAUGUGCCCUAACACCGACCGUUCUGGAAGACCGCAGAGUGGAGAUCACAGGCCCAGUUGAGCGGAAGAUGAUCAUUAACGCGCUCAAUUCGGGUGCACGGGUGUUCAUGGCGGAUUUUGAGGAUUCUUUGUCCCCUACCUGGACGAAUCUGGUGCAGGGCCAGAUCAAUCUACGUGAUGCUGUGAACCGUACGAUUGAAUAUGAAGAUAAAGCUCGAAACAAGAGGUACGCUCUUGACCCAAUCGUGAAGAUGGCCACUCUGUUUGUUCGCCCGCGCGGGUGGCACCUGCCUGAGGCGCACAUUGAGGUUGACGGUCGGCCGAUCCCGGGUUGCUUGAUGGAUUUUGGCCUUUACUUCUUCCACAACCAUGCGUCCUUCAGAGCUCAGCACUCGGGAUCAGGCCCAUUCUUCUAUCUCCCAAAGAUGCAGCACGCCAGGGAGGCUGCCAUUUGGAAUGCAGUUUUCAAUCACGCACAAGAUGCACUGGGUGUGCCACGUGGCAGCAUUAAAGCCACCGUCCUCAUCGAGACGCUGCCUGCUGUGUUCCAGAUGAAUGAGAUUCUUUAUGAGCUGCGCGAUCACUCGGCAGGGCUGAACUGUGGACGCUGGGAUUACAUCUUCAGUUUCAUAAAAACGUUCAAGGGACACCCACAACGCAUUGUACCCGAUAGAGGCCAAGUGGGGAUGACUCAGCACUUCCUUAAGAGCUAUACGGAAUUACUUAUCCAGACGUGUCAUAAACGGGGUGUUCAUGCAAUGGGUGGAAUGGCUGCCCAGAUCCCGAUCAAAGACAAUCCAGCUGCAAAUGAAGCUGCUGUUGCAAAAGUUCGAGGCGACAAACUUCGGGAAGUUCGUGCAGGUCAUGAUGGGACGUGGGUAGCCCAUCCAGGGCUUAUCAACACAGCCAUGGAAGUAUUUGAUGCAAAUAUGCCGCAGGCCAAUCAGAUGCACGUGAUGCGAGAAGACGUUACUGUCACAGAAGAGGAUCUGGUCAUGAUGCCUGUGGGAAAGCGAACUAUCCAAGGGCUUAGAGAGAAUACAAGGGUGGGUAUUCAGUACUUGGCUGCAUGGCUGGCAGGGACAGGGUCAGUCCCUCUUUACAACCUAAUGGAAGAUGCUGCCACUGCUGAGAUUAGCCGUGUCCAGAACUGGCAGUGGCUUCAGCAUCAAGUGGUGCUAGAUGGUGAGUCUGUUCCCAUCAGGGUGACCCUGGAGCUUCUGAGCAGAGUAGUCGAGGAGGAGAUGGUGCGCAUUGAACAAGAAGUAGGAUCGGCAAAGUUUGCAUCAGGUCAUUUCAAGAAAGCAGCAAUGAUAUUUGGGAAGCAGUGCAUGGCAAAGAAAAUGGACGAAUUCCUCACCCUCGGUGCAUAUAAGCACAUUGUGCGCCUGGCACCCGAAUCGCGUUUAUGAAGCUUCGCAAGGAUGCCCCACCUACUAUGCACCUUGUGGGUUCAUCUGCUGAUGUUUGGAUCGACACACCUCAACAACAGGCCAUUUCCACUGCGAUGAGCACUUCUUGGCAGCAGAAACUGAGCUCGCAGGUUCCUGGAAGAGAAGCAAGUCAUUUUCUGCAAGUUAUCUGCCCGCUUCUUCUCAUCAACAACAUGAAGUGAACACGUUUGAUUGGUGGGUGGUGUGCUGCUCUGGAAAUGAAGGCGUUCCUAUGACUUCCCAACGCCACAUUUCAAACUCUCUGUGGCAAUGCCCCUCGGUGUGCAGCGCUGCAGUUGCUCCAGUAACUGCGUCUGUGGUGACAGUACACACCGGUAACUGCACCCGGGGUAAGAGUACACACUGGCAGUGGUGUGUUUGGAUCGACACACCUCAACAAUAGGCUGUUUCCACUGCUACGAGCACUUCUUGGCAUCCGAAAUGAGCUGGGAGGUUCCUGGAAGGAAAGCAACUCAUUUUCUACAAGUUAUGUGGCCACUUCUGCUCAUCAACAACAUGAAGUCAACUCAUUUGAUUGGUGGGUGGUGUGCUGCUCUGGAAAUGAAGGUGUUCCUACAACUUCCCAAUGCCACAUUUCAAAAUCUCUGUGGCAGUGUGACCCUCGGUGUGCAGCAUGUCCUCUUAACUGUCUUAGAGGAGUUGCUCUAGUUACUGCGUCUGGGGUGUGAGUACACACCGGUUACUGCGUCCGGGGCAAGAGUACACACUGGUAACUGAGUCUGAGGUAAAAGUGCACACCGGUAGCUGUGUGCGGGGUAAGAGUACAUGCUGGUAAUUGCAUCCGCGGUAAGAGUACACACUCGUAACUACGUCCGGGGAAAGAGUACACGCUUGUUCUUCCAUACCUGCAUACUGCUACAGAAUCCCCUUUCCGAUAUUUACGUCACUUCAAUUCUGGUCAGCUGAGAUGCAAGGGGACAGAAGUUUCUGCAGACUGCUGAUCAUCCAUGGUGGGCCUUAACUAGACUGUGGAAACGCAACCUGUUGGGGCCGUUCUGGAACUCAGUCCACAACAGGUGAAACUGUCUCAGGAGAAUGGAUGCGGCAAAAGGCUAGCUUGGUUGUUGUGGGAACCAAUAUAGCUUUGAUACACUUCUCAGUUUUGGGUGAAUCUUCUCUUGUUGGGAAAAAGGACAACCACUUGCUGCCCACAUUUUCAACUUCAGAAAUGCCUUAACACUGUAGUCCAGUCCACAGUUGGCAAAUUGCAAGAUUCCUGUGUCCCCGGGUUGAUUUUUUCAAUUCUCUUGCCACUUUUGGCUGUUGGCUAUACCUUUGCAGUUGGGCUUACACUCUUUUUCUUCAGUGUAUUUCUUUGAUGUUGAGUUAGGUCUUUUACUCCUGUCUUGUCUAUGAGUCUGGGUAGAGCUUUGAGUCAAUGCAGCAGAAACAGGUCUGAAACAAACUUUAACAAAGGCAUCGGGUAGUC